AUGACCGAAGUAGACGAACACACCAUAAUCGAGCUCAACGAUAAAUGCAAAAAGAAAAAAUCGGACAAGCUCGGCGUCGAGGUCCUGAAGAGGAAUGCUGAAGGCGGUGCGCCACCGAAGAAGAGGGCGAUCCGAUCCCAUUCGACUGCGCCCCAUUUCCCGUCAUCGUCCGUCGCACCCAAGCCCAGGAGGGAGAAGCCGCACCAUUCCGACGACGACGAGGAAGAGGGCGAUGACAAUAACAACAACAUUGGUGAAGAUGGAGGAGCAGAGGAGGAGACAUCGACGAUGGGAACGUCAUCUUCAUCAGUUAACCUCUCGGUAGAUGACGACGAUGACAAUGACGAUGACGAAGAGGAUCAGGAAGAUGAGAAGGAGGGGCGGUGCUACACGUUCGACGCCGCGUCGAGCAGCUGCGAGCUCUCGUUCGUCGAUGAAGAGGAGGAUGGAGACGCCGACACGGUGGACGACGACGAAGAUGACGACGACGAGUCCGAGUCGUACGACACCACGACCGAGGGCACUGAAACGGCCUACGACGUCGAAGACAACGAUGACGAGGGCGACGACAACGACCUACCACAGACUGAGCGCGUCGCCAAGGCCUCCACAUUCGAGAGCAUCAAUGCCGUUACCGGCGUCGUUGGACGUCCGCGAGGCCUGACCAAGCUCAAGCUGCCCCUGCGGGACUCGAGCGAGGGCAGCGAGCCCAUCUCCUCCCCGCGGAGCUUCUCCAACUCGCCGCGGGGCUACUACUCGCCGCGCCCCAUGAUGACGCCCAUGACCCCACACAAGGCCGCUCUCGCCACGGCGACGCGCGAGCGGGUGUGCGACGUGGAGUACGUGGUGGAGGACGGGCAGCGCAUGGUGGCCGCCGGCACCCUCCAGGGCCUGGUCGACAAACUCAUCAGCAUCGACGAAGGCGUCGUUGACUUUGAUCUGCACUACUUCACGUCGGUGUUCCUGAUCACGCACCCCAUGUACGUGUCCACCACGGAGCUGCUGCGGCGGAUAUUCGACGUCUACGAGGCGCCCGCCACGCCCUUCCCCGGCGGCGCCGACGAUCCGCGGGUGCUCCAGCAGCGGGUGCGGACGCGCGUGCUCGAGGUGCUCAAGAAGUGGGUCGAGGAGUUCUUCAGCGACUUCAAGGCCGGCUGCGAGGCGCGCGAAUUGACGGGGAGCGAGGAUGGCGAGGAGGCGCUUGACCAGCAGAGCCAGCUCCUGAAGAAGAUUCAGGCUCUGCUGUCGUCCAACGACCUCAUCCAGAAACACAUGGUGCCCAUCGCACCCACGCCACCGCCCGCUGCCAUGGCCCACCACAACGACCCUGACAAAAUGAGCAUUCCGCUGCCGCCUCCGCCGCCCGUGGACGACCUGUCGCGGUUCUGCGUGCUCGACUUCCCGCCGGCCAAGAUCGCCCAGCAGCUGACCUUCAUCGACUUCCAAAUGUUCUCGGCCGUGCGCUUCAACGAGUUCUACCACUGCGCCUGGAGCAAGAAGAACUGCGAGCAGAACGCGCCCAACCUGGUGCGCCUCAUCGAGCGGUUCAACAAGGUCUCCCAGUGGAUCCAGACCUCGAUCGUGCGCGUGCGCGACCUCAAGAAGCGCACCGCCGUUCUCGCACGCUUCAUUCACAUCGCCCAGGAGUUUGAGUGGCUGCACAACUUCCAGGGCAUGAUGAUGGUCAAUGCCGCCCUCAACAACUCUGCCAUCUCCCGCCUCAAGCACACAUGGGCCGCGCUGGGAGAUGAGGACCGAGAGAGGUUCGACUCGAUCCAGAACUUCUUUUCGCCCUACCACAACUACGCGUCGUAUCGCCAGAAGCUCCGCACCAGCGUGCCGCCCAUCGUCCCCUUCAUGGCCCUCUUCCUCACCGACCUCACCUUCAUCGACGAAAACGAAGACAAGGUGGCGCGGAAGAAGGCCGAGGCGGAGGGAGGCGCGACCGAGCACGACGCCAAAGAGGCCCACGACGAGCGCCCCCCCAAGGCCGCGGCCGAAGAAGACGGGGAUGCCAAAGCCAACGCUGCCGACGCCGACGCCACCAAGGACUUCGAGGCCACGCCCGAGGAAAUCAAAGACCUCGUCAACUUCCAGAAGAUGGAGCUUGUCGGCAAGGUGCUGCUGAAUGUGAGAAAGUUCCAGAAGGCGACCUACAAGAACCUCAUCCCGUCGGGGCCGUUCCAGAAGCUAUUCGGUGAGAUCGCGGAGGUGGCGAUGCCGUCGCCUGAGGAGGCGGCGCGCGAGAAGAAGAAGGAGGACCUCUACGCCGACUCGUGCUUCAUGUGGAGCCUCGACCACAUCUACAAGUACUCCCUCAUCAUCGAGCCCCGCGACGGCAAGCCGCCCAAGGCCAAGACCGCCAAGCCUAAAAAGUCGCAUCGGUCCAGUGCGACGGCGCCGUCGUCGCUCGAGGGCAGCCCCGUGAAGCCCAAGAAGGAAUCGCGGAAGGGCAGCAGCGCGGCUUCGAAGAAGUACGCGACGAUGGGUCGGUCGAGCAAGAGGGCGCCCGACGCCACCCUCACCAUCCAACAGAACCCUCUCCUCAUGCAGCUCCAGUCCAGGAAUCUGCAAAAGAGGACGUCGAGGAGCGGUUCGAUCGACACGCCGUCGGCGACGAACCCGCCGCCGACCCCGCCCGGGCAGCCGCCCGUGACCAUCAACCCGCUCAUCGCCGCCGCGGCGGCCGCGGCCAAGAAGGAGAAGGAGCGGAGCUACUCGAUGCCGCCCAUCAUUCUCGAGAAGUCGGCGUCGCUGUCGGCCCUGCGCAAGUACCGCGAGGAGAAGGAGGAGGAGCUCGAGCGCAGCAGAGACGAGAGCACCAGCAACAGCGACAGCAGCAAGAGCAACAGCUUCGACAACACGACGACGCUCGAGGGCGGCGGCGACACCGCACGAGAGGCAGCGCUGUCGCCGUCGUCGCUGUCGACAUCGAUGAUGGCGGUGAGCGAGAGGAGGAAGUCGGACAAGAAGGAGCGAAAGGAAAAGAAGGAAAAGAAGGAGAAAAAGGAGAAGGGCAGCAAGCUGCACAAGAAGGAGAAGAAGCGGGACUCCAGCAAGAGCUCGCCGCUGCUGGCCACCACCGACUACUAA